UCAUCUUUCUCGUUGUUGUUUUUUUUUACUUUUGCAGUUAAUACAAGAUGGCAGAUGGUGAGGAUAUUCAACCACUUGUCUGUGACAAUGGAACUGGAAUGGUCAAGGCUGGAUUUGCGGGUGAUGAUGCUCCAAGGGCCGUGUUCCCUAGCAUUGUGGGCCGUCCGCGUCACACUGGUGUGAUGGUUGGCAUGGGUCAGAAAGAUGCAUAUGUUGGGGAUGAGGCUCAGUCCAAGCGUGGUAUUCUAACUCUUAAAUAUCCAAUUGAACACGGUAUUGUUAACAACUGGGAUGAUAUGGAAAAGAUCUGGCAUCAUACCUUCUACAAUGAACUUCGUGUGGCUCCAGAAGAACACCCGGUUCUGCUCACCGAGGCACCCCUUAACCCAAAAGCCAAUCGUGAAAAAAUGACCCAGAUCAUGUUUGAGACCUUCAAUGCUCCGGCCAUGUAUGUUGCUAUCCAGGCUGUUCUCUCCCUUUAUGCCAGUGGUCGUACAACUGGUAUUGUUCUGGACUCUGGAGAUGGUGUGAGCCAUACUGUCCCCAUUUACGAAGGAUAUGCUCUACCUCAUGCCAUCCUCCGCCUCGACUUGGCUGGUCGUGACCUUACUGACGCCCUCAUGAAAAUCUUGACUGAGCGUGGUUAUUCAUUCACCACUACAGCAGAGCGUGAAAUCGUGAGGGACGUGAAAGAGAAGCUGGCAUAUAUUGCACUCGACUAUGAGCAAGAGCUAGAAACUUCCAAAACUAGUUCUUCCAUUGAGAAGAGCUACGAGUUGCCCGAUGGCCAAGUGAUCACCAUUGGGUCUGAGCGCUUCCGGUGCCCGGAAGUCCUUUUCCAGCCUUCCAUGAUAGGAAUGGAAGCUGCCGGCAUUCAUGAAACCACGUACAACUCCAUCAUGAAGUGCGAUGUGGACAUCAGGAAGGAUUUGUAUGGAAACAUAGUUCUGAGUGGUGGAACUACCAUGUUCCCAGGAAUUGCUGACAGGAUGAGCAAGGAAAUCACUGCCUUGGCCCCAAGCAGCAUGAAAAUCAAGGUGGUGGCUCCACCUGAAAGGAAAUACAGUGUCUGGAUUGGAGGCUCCAUCUUAGCAUCUCUCAGCACUUUCCAGCAGAUGUGGAUUGCAAAGGCAGAGUAUGAUGAAUCUGGCCCAUCUAUCGUGCACAGGAAGUGUUUCUAACUCUUGAGAGCGCAAGAGCAGCAAAAACAAUGCCUUGUUUUGUUUGGUAUUUUAAUUUAUGCCAUUUCUCUUAUUCUUUUAUUCCUUAUCUUAUUUUUUGUAAUAUUCAUAUUGUCGGGGAAAAAUGAACCAAGAACGGCGGAGAUGACUAUAGAGCUGAUAAUUCACUUUGUUUUUAUUUAACCGUUGUUGAAUGUUUUUCCCAUUCAAGACCUGCCUAAGGAAAUGAAUGAAUUCAGAGUUAUUCUUGUUAAA